CGGCGCAGUCGCGAUCUUGAGCUCAGUCGAAAACACGUUACGCGCCUGUGCAGAGCGUUUUUGCUCUAUCCAAACGUUUCCGAUCCCAUCCGAUCCGAUCCGAUCCGAUCCAAUACGAUCCGAUCCAACGCCAGCAGAUUCGAAAGUUUUACACCGCGUGCAGCAGAAGCAGCAGCAGCAACAGCAGCAGCAGCAGCAGCAAAAAAGCAACAGCAAUAACAAUUCAGUGAACGACGGAAACGGAAAGUAAAAGCCACGAUCGCGACCACAUUCAAAGGCAGACAAACAUGGCCGAGACAAUCAACAACAAGCCGAGCAUACAGAUCCGGAGCGGACUGCCCUCGCCGCUGCCGGACAAGAGUCCCUCGCCGGCCACCAAGCUGCUGAUCAGCCACGGCAAGCCCAACUUCACCAUCGCCAAGUCGCCGAAGGUCGAUGAGAACGGAAACGGAAACCCACUGUCCGCCCAGGCCAGCGCCAACAACAACUACAACGCCUACAAGAGCGCCAACAGCAGCGUGGCCAACAACCAGAAGUUCAUCGUGGGCACCAAGUUCAACGGAGUCUUCAAGCCCUCCAGUGCGGCGGCCACUUGGGCCGCCAAUGGGCAUGCCAAUGGCAAUGGCGCCUCGGAGACGGAGAAUGAGGUGGCCAAGGUCGUUCUGCGGCGCCCCAAGCUGGCGGACUCGCCCCCACCCGCCGACGGCGAGGACGAGAAUGUGCCGGAAUUCAUCAGGCGCCAGCGACGCAUCCAGGAGCGUCUGGCCAAGGAGAACGUGCUGGACUUCGAGAGCCGGCGCAGCGGUUACUUCACGCACGUAAUGAUCUCGCCGGACUCGCCCAAUCGCACCUCAUUCGUGGAGACCAUGGCCAGUCCGGCCAUAGUGCCCGCCCUCGAGAUUCCCGCUCCAGUGGCCGAGAAGGCGGAGGUGGUGGAGGAGGAGGAGCAGGAGGAGUCGGUGGCCCAGCCUCAGGUGGCCGCUGUUCCCACCUCAGCCCUGAUCACUGAACCCGAACCGGAGGCCGUUGUAAGCAAUGGACACAGUGAGGAGCCAAAGAACUCUGACGUGGCGCCCGAGGAGGUGGCCAAGGCCAUUGAGCAAGUCAACCAGGCGGUGGCAGGAGAGGAUGAGGCGGAGGUGGAAGCCACCCCCGAGCCAGCACCAGAACCCACAGCAGAACCAGCUCCAGAGCCGGUGGCAGCCGAACGCAAGGCAGAGGCCGUGGUAGAGGAGCCCACUCAGGCCCCCGCUCCCGUGGAAGCCAAGGUGGAGGUGGUAGAGCCAGCUACGCCCGUGCAAAAUGGCCAGCAGGCAGAGGAGGCUGCUCCAGCCACCAACGGCCAGAAGGAGGAGGAGGCCAUCACCAUUUCGCACACCAACGGACAGAGCAGCGACGUGCCCAGCAUACCCACACCGGAUCCCAGUGGCGCCCUGGGAGUCAACUACGAACCCAAGACCGUGGUCAGCUUCUCGCAGGAAUUGGGGAGCGGGGAGAACAAGUAUCCUGAUACCGUGAAGGUGGUCAGCGAGGUGCCCGCCGAAUCCAAUGGGGAGCUCAACGAACUGACCAAACUGAAGUUCGACAUCCAGAGCGACGGGCAAAACGAGGUUCAGGUGACGCCCGUGCUGAGGACGGACUAGGAGGAUCAGGAUCAGGAUCAGGAUGAGGAGUAGUGCAAUUUGUUUGUUGAACAAGAAACCAUCAACUAUAUUGUGUUGUAUUUUGUGUUAGCUGCUAAGUUGAUUACGAGAAUUGUUGCCAAAUUUAAUUUUAUGCUUCGCGCAUCAGUCAGUAUCGAGAAUGGAGUUGGAGUCGGAGUUGGAGUGCCUAAUCCCCCAUAGAGCCACCCAUGGAGGCCCGGUCCCCAAAGCGUCUUUUCGGGACUUGCUAGACCAAACUACGUGUAUUGCAAUAGACACCAUUUGCUUUAUUUAAAUAAAUUAUUAAUUAUAUGGA